UUUUUGAUGCAAAGUUCGAUAGCCUACCGCUACCUCUAUAUUCUGACAUCCUCUACCCUCAGUGUUCUCCCCACGAAACCCAGCAAAGGGCCUAGAAGCGCUAUAGGUAAUGCUUCGCGCAGAUGUUUCCAGAAUAAAGUUAAUAACAAAAGCAGUUUCCUGACUCUGAAACUCUCAAAACAAUCGAACAAUCGGACGCAACGGCUUAUUGGGAAUAUGGCUAUGAUUAGUCUGGGACUCGAUACGAAAGAAUUGGCGCACCAGUACGAGGCUGUCAGUGAAGCCCAGUAUCAAGCGGGAUUAUCUCUUCUUAAGAAAUUGGAAAUCACCGCAGGCCAGCGAGUUCUAGAUGUCGGAGCCGGUACUGGUCGACUUGCAUCAUAUGCUGCAAGCCUUGUAGGCCAGGAUGGACGUGUUAUUGGCAUUGAUCCACUUGAGGAUCGCAUUAACGUCGCACGCUCCAAAAACCAGCCAAAUCUAUCGUUCGACGUGGGAGAUGCUCAGGAUCUUUCACAAUUCGACUCGGCGAGUUUCGAUGUCGCUUACUUGAAUUGUGUCCUCCAUUGGCUGCCGGACCAGCUUGGCGCACUCAAUCAAAUUGCCCGCGUACUAAAACCAGGAGGACGACUCGGCAUCUUGGGUGGAUCCGGAGAUCGCCCACCUGUGUUCGAGACGAUAAAAAAGCAUGUGUUAUCACACGAGCGUUAUCGCGACUACCCAGAAAGCACGGGCAACGUGGCAAAUUUCCCCACUCAGCAUGAACUGGAGAGCCUCCUUCAGGCCGCUGGGUUAUGUGGCACUGCGAGUUUUACAGAACGAAGCAUUAUCACAAUGCAAGAUGCGGAAAGUAUGCUUGGCUGGCUAGAUGCCAGUACAUUUGGGAAUUAUGUUGGACAUCUUCCUAAGAAUCUAUGUGAUACUGCGCGGAACGAAUUGGGGAAGGAAUUUGAACAGCUUCGCACGGAUCGUGGGGUUGAAAUGGAAAUGGUGUGGCUGGGCGCUGUGGCUAUUCAAGUUUAG